AAGUUUUGCAACUGCCCAAAACCUAACCAUGGCGCGGGUCCGAAACAGCGGGCGGCGUGGCGGCGGCAGUAGUGGCGGCGGCGGCAAGGGAAAAGGGAAGGGGAAGGGCAAAUGGAAGAUGCCGGCGUCGGUGGCGCGGAAGCAGCAGGCUGUGAUGGCGAACGUCGACCAGGUCACUGGCGAGAGGAUCCCCAAGAGCUUCGUCUUCUCUCGCGGCAAGCUCCCCACCACGCUCCGCCAUCUCCAGCAGGACCUCCGCAAGCUCAUGCUCCCCUACACCGCCCUCAAGCUCAAGGAAAAGAAACGGAACAACCUCAAGGACUUUGUCAACGUCGCGAGCCCAUUGGGUGUUACACAUUUCUUGAUCCUCUCAAACCCAAAGAGCUUGCCGCACUUGCGCUUCGCCAAGUCACCCCAGGGCCCAACCUACACUUGUCAGAUUGAGGAAUAUGCUCUUGCAGCCGACAUUGCAAACUCCCAGAAGCGGCCAAGGAGUCCCGCAGAGAUAUUCAAGAACUCGCCUCUGGUUGUUCUCAGUGGUUUCAAUGGUCUUGGUGAGCCUUUCAAGAGUUUUGUUACUUUCUUUCGGCACUUGGUCCCUGCUAUCGACACAGAAACUGUUAAACUAUCAACCUGUCAAAGAAUUUUGUUGCUACAAUACGACAAAGAGAAGGAGAUUAUCGAUUUCCGGCACUAUUCCAUCAAGCUCCAGCCUGUUGGUGUCAGCCGCAAGAUUAGAAAACUCAUGCAGAACAAUCAAGUGCCAGAUCUAAGGGACCUUAAAGAUGUUAGUGAUUUUGUGACAAAAGCUGGAUAUGGAUCAGAAAGUGAACCAGAUGAUGAAGCAGCGUGUGUAAGUCUAGCAAGUGAUAUAGACAAAUUGAACCGAGCAUCCAGAAAAAGCGCCGUUAGACUCCAGGAGAUCGGACCAAGGAUGACCAUGCGCUUAGUUAAAGUUGAAUCUGGUCUGUGCUCAGGAGAUAUCUUGUACCCUGAAUCUGUGGGAAAAGAAGAUGUUGCGAAGAAGGGACAAGAAGAUGAGGAAGAGAUAGACGAUGAUGAGGAUAUGAUCGAGCUGGGGGAUGGGUCCGAGGAUGAGUCAGAGGACGAAGAUUAGCCUAGAUAAGCUUGAGAAGCGUGAAGCAUUGUAUGUGGAUUGACAACAAGGUCACUGUGCUGUAUCAACAAUAUGUAUGAGUAUCUGACCAUGGUCGGUCCUUGAGAAAAUAUAGUAUAGACCUCAUCCUUAAAAAAUAGGGGUAAAGCACAUGCAAAGAUGAUCCUCGAGCUGUUUCAUUUGGACAAUCGGAGUGCCUUUAGCACUGUAACAUGAUACAUAUUCUAAUAUUCAACUCAAUUUUGCCCUUACGUGGUGCAUAGUAUUAAGCAUGAGCUGUUGCUACGAAGUUGUAAA